GUUAGACGCUUUUUCUCCUAUGUUUCGUGGGGUACAUAUACUUGCUGCAAAUCUGAAAAUGCAGAAACUAAAUUCGCCUCUGUUUUCACUGCUGGUGAUAUAUGCCUUUUCGUCAUGUCCAGCUUGUGAGAGUAAAAACCUACCCGAGUAUUACGGACGAGAGUACUUUGUGUCCAGUGAUGAUGAUCCUAAUCCCAGUCUCGCCACUGUUCCUCAAGUCGAGCAGUUACAGGUCGCUGUGCAGGCGCUUAUACAGCAGGUUUCUAAUCUAUCCGCAGUGCUCUCCGCGCGCGAUGACGGUUUAUCUGCGCAACUUAAUGCCGUUUCAGCUAUGGCUAGCGUAUUGGAAUCGCAACAGACUAAUCUUUCGGAGCGCCUCAGCCUCUUGGAAGGGCCAGGACCAAAUGUGUCCGCCCGUCUCGACAACCUGGAAGGGCAGCAACAACAGCAAGGUGAGCGACUCAGCAUUCUGGAAAGGACACAAGCCAAUGAAACUGUGCGGUUGAGCAGCCUAGAAAAUACUGUCGCAGGGCAGCUCAUCAACGUUUCAAGCAAGCUCAAUACGGCCGCAGAGAAUGUGAAGAUCUUAGAAGAAGCGGCUUCAAGCGCGAGCAAUGGUCUGCAAAUUCUCCAGGGAAACAUGAGUGCCCUUUCAGAGCAAAUGAAGACUACAACCGUUCUGAUCAGCAACUUGGAGAGCUCCCAGGUGAAUCUCACGAAUCAGGUGGAGCGAGCAAAAACAACCUACACGCAUUGGGGCCGGCAAGCUUGCAACUCUUCGCUAACCCUUUACAGCGGUAUCAUGGCAGGUCCAUUCUUUUCGACCAUAGGAGGGGGCAGCGACUACCAAUGUCUGCCGUUUGAACCGGAAUACAGUGCGUUCGUCCCUGGAUCCCAGGGCAAUAGGCUGCAUUCGAGUGAAUUCCAAACUGACUUUUCAGAGCUGCCAAACUUCCAGGCACUGUACCAACACACUCCGGCUUGUUCAGUAUGCGAGACAUCUGCACAGCUGAUGCUUCCAGCCCGGCUAUCAUGUCCGGAUGGCUGGACGGUGAACUACCGGGGUUACCUCAUGUCCAGUAUCCAUCAUCGUACAGAGUAUAUCUGUAUGGAUAGUGAUCCGCAGGCUGUGCCGAACACACAGGAAAACGUCAACGGAGCAAUCAUUUACUUUGUUGAAACAGGUGACACGACAGAUAUCCCCAGCAGCUACGACACCAACAAGGAAGUGACGUGCACGGUUUGCACCAAGUAAGACAUCACACCAUUAUCAUAAUAUAAUAUUCCGUUCACUCUAUUCAAUUCUCUUUUCAAUACCUGAUAAAAAGACACCUGAAGUAUCACAGGUUUCGGCACUGAUGACGUACAUAUACACUUGCAUCAUCGUGUUUAUAGUCACGUGUAAUUUAGUGUUCGCAUGAAUUCUGUGCGCUAGUUUGGUGAGCUUCAUGUUCUUCUCGUCAAUCAAGUCGUUGCAUGUCUCAGUAGGUUUGUAGUGGUGUGCCCUGUUAUCGCACUUUAUGACUGCUUUAUAUCUUGUUACAGUCGUGGAUAGUUGCUUCAUAACUUGUCCUCGUGUGU